UGAUUAUUUUGACAUAAUAGAAAGAAGAGGGAAAAGCAAAUAUUAUGAAAAUAGUAAAAUUAAUUAUUUUCAAAUUUAAUUUUGUUCAUUUUAUAACACAAUGCCCACAUAAAUAUGUCUCUUCAUGCUACACUUAACUCUGUUAGAGGUUUUUUAGCCUCAAAUUAUAUGUUAGUGGAUGAUGAGUGGAUCUCUGGAUGUGUUGAGUAUUUGAGCGAAGACAAUAACUACAGCGUAGAUGAGAUAAAAAACCUAGCAAAGGAACAGUGGCUUUUAAACAACCUCAAAGAAAUAUGUCCCGGUUCUCUUCCCAAAAACUUAAAAGAUCAGAAAAAGACCGUGUUAAACGGACGUUUUGUUUUGCAAAUAAACGCAGCCGUCGAUAUUGGUGCGCCGGCGUAUCAACAGUAUUUGAAACUACAAAAAGUGAACACAGAAAAUAUAGAAGCAACAAGAUCAUUUGAAGAUAAAGUAAAGAAUAAUAGGAUGAUAAAGCUAUACAUGACAGACGGUGUGCAGGAUGUGUCUGGUAUUGAGUACAAACCAAUGAGGAAUCUAACCUGUGACAUCACACCUGGCUGUAAAGUUCUGAUAAAAGGGCCAAUAGAAUGCCGUCGAGGAGUCAUGUUACUUACAGAGAGUUCAAUAGAACUACUUGGUGGAGAGGUACAGGAAUUAGUGGAGACUAAUUCACUGGCUGGCUUAUUGUCUUCCAAACUCGGCUUGCCUGCUAUUCAAGAAUCAAAUUUAAACACAACAAUAAAUCGACCAAGAAACACCGACAUCCCCACUCCACACACGCAAUUACCGCCUCCAAUUAAUGAACCACCAUUUGAACAUGUAGAUCAAACGUCCCGACCAAUAGCCAGGGUUACCAGCAUACAAGUCCAGGGCUUUGUUGAUGACGACAUAGAUAUUGACCAAUUAGCAGCUAUCGAAGCAGAAUUUAGUGGCAACCCUAGCAAACGACCAAGUUAUGAAGACUACCCUCAACCAGAGAAAAAAUUUAAAACCAACACAAUUGAUGAUUACCCUCAAGACAAUGAUUUCUUUGAAGAUGAAGACCAUUUGCUGGAAAUGGAAGCCAAAUUUGAUGAAACUGAAAUUGAUGUAAAGUUGCCUGUGAAAGUGUCAUCCGAACCUUUUGUGUACAUAAAACAGAUUAACGACUUAAGUGACGGUGAGAAAGUGGGUAGAGUGUUUUUAAUAAAGGGACAAAUAAUAAAAUUGCUAUCAAAGUUAUCGGUAGGGAAAGACGGGUGGAGUUUAAAGUGUACUUUAGUGGACGGGACGGGGUCGAUAGAUGCGGAAUUUACUAGUGAUGUGCUCUCUAAGUUGGUGGGUUUCACGCCGCAAGAAAUGAACGAUAUUAAAAAGCAGAUUGCGAAAAGUCCAGAGUUGAAGGAAAAGGCUGUGUCUGCAUUGCAAAAGGCCAAGGAUACGCUACAAGUUUUAUACUGCAUUAUCGAAAUCACGGUGUUGGAUGUGCCGAAAAUAACGAAACUCAUUCCAUUUGAACAGCGACAUGCGGAUCUCUUGUCCAAUAGGUUAAAGAGCAGUGCUUUGUAGUUUAGGAAAUAAUAAAUAUAUUUUUAUAUUAAA